AUGCCUAAAGCUUUGCCUCCCUCUGAUGUCCAGAAUGUUGUUGAAAAGUUCAAAAAAAGCCUUCACUACUCAGAAAUUCACUCUCAAACUGGUGUCAGUACUGGAAUGAUUAGCAGGAUAAGGGCAAUGCACUUUCCUGAGCUCCCCAAGCACUCUGGUGGCCACCCUUCUAAGCUCUCACCAACCAAUAUCUGCCAUGCCACCCACUUGUUGACUGGCCCUGCCCCCACAACCCCAUGCCUAGUUGCUCAAGAGAUCUCUAGCACAAAUGGGGUCCCUGUCUCAAGCCUUAAUGUGCAUUGGGCAGUGCAGAAAGCUGGUGUGGUACCUUUUGUCAAGCCCAAAAAGCCAGCUAUGACAAAGGAACAUAUCAAGGCAUGCUAUGAAUUUGCUAUGGCACACCAGCACUGGACAAUUGAUGACUGGAAGAGGAUCCAAUGGUCAGAUGAGACCAAGAUCAACAGAUUUGGGUCAGAUGGGCACCACUAUGUCUAUAAAGGGUUGGCUAGGCACCUCAGCCCCACCAGAUCAUCAAAACACCACAAGCAUGGAGGAGGCCAUAUCAUGAUUGGGUUGGACAUGGAGAAGGUCAUAUUUAAGCAAGACAAUGCAAGCUCCCACAAGGCCCAUAUUGUACAGGACUGGUUCCAAGAGAAUGGCUUAGAGGUCUACUUCUGCUCUGCUGUCAACAACUUCCUCUCCAAGUCACCACUCAACAAGUUCAAUCUCCACUGGGUCCUGGGGCACAAGGGGGUAGAAGGCAAUGAACAAGCUGAUGCUCUUGCCAACAAAGGUGGAUUGAAACUGCCAAAGCACUUGCACAAUAGAUCAAUAACCUGGAGCAAGGCUGAAGCCACCCCCAAUGCCAGCCUCACAUGGGCACACCUUUGGUCAUCCCAACCUCACUUGCACUUUGUCUCAGAACACAUCUGCCGCAUCCCUUCCCUGUCCCUCCACCCCCUUUUCAAAGCUUUCCUGUACCAUUGUGCAAUCCUUGCCUGGCUAAUCCAGGUCAUCAUGGGCCACACAUUCUUUGGCAAAUACCGCAAACAGUUCUACCCCAACAAUGACCCCAGCUGCCCAUGUGGAGCCCCACACCAAACUCUUGAUCAUGUCCUGCAAGCCUGCCCAUCAUUUGAUCUUGCAAGACACACCCUACAGGAGGUGUUGGGCCCCCUGCUGAGUUCCACUCUGUUUGGCACCACCACUGGACUUCAAGUUGUUGCCAAAUUCCGCAACUCAAUGAAUGCAUUAAAAAUGUGA